AUGCUAGUUGACUAUGUUAAUGCCCCCUUACUACAUCUCGACCUGCAGGCAAAUGCACAGCAGCCAGAGUUGUAUGAGCAGCCAGACAAAGACUUCAUGGUGGUUUCACUAGACUUGCUGAGCGGAAUCGCAGAGGGCCUUGGGAACCACAUUGAGCCAUUAAUGGCAAACAGUAACCUCGUUACGCUGCUUCAACAAUGCGCUCAAGACCAGCAGCCUGACGUUCGUCAAAGCACUUUCGCCCUUCUUGGUGAUCUUACUAAGGUCUGUUUCAGUCAUAUCAAGCCCCAAGUGGGUGCUUUUAUGACCGUCCUGGCGCAAAAUCUUUCUUCUCCCAAUAUCUCUGUUUGUAACAAUGCCAUUUGGGCUAUUGGGGAGAUAUGCAUGCAAAUGGGUGACGAAAUGCAGCCCUAUGCUUCACUCUUCAUCCAACCUUUGGUGGAAAUCAUUAAUCGGCAAAAUGCACCAAAGACGCUCCAUGAAAAUGCUGCUAUCACAAUCGGACGUCUAGGAUACGUGUGUCCAAGCGAGAUCUCCUCCUUCCUGUCUCUCUUCAUUCGUGCUUGGUGUCUGUCCCUUCGCAAUAUCCGUGAUAAUGAGGAGAAGGAUAGUGCGUUUAGAGGCAUCUGCAAUGUAAUAACGCUAAAUCCACAGGGUGUGGUGAACGAAUUCCUCUUCUUCUGUGAUGCAGUCGCCUCAUGGAACAAUCCCAAGGAUGAUUUGAAGCAAAAGUUUUACUCGAUUCUGGUAGCUUUUAAGACAGAGGUUGGUGAGGAGGCAUGGAGCAAGUUUUGGGCUCAGUGCCCACCGAUGCUGCGCAACCGAUUGAACAGUCAGUACGGCCUCUAG